UUUUUUUUAAUCUAAAGUAACUUGUUAAACUUGUUCCGUAACAUGCGCGGUACACAACAAUUCACUUGGGUUAGCGUUACCGCUUUUCCCUGUGAAAUGUGAUUUUGUCUUAUUCCAUGAACUCAUUAUAAAACAGGCGUGCUACCUGUACUGUAAGAAUUGUAUUAGUUUUCAGUUAGCAAUAUACGGAAAGUAUUUACUGGCCACUACAUUAGGUACAAAGACAGCAAGCUAGCAUAGCCAGCGAUGACACAGGAGACAUGCCAGGGCGGCGCCGAAGGGGAUUGACAGUAGACUGCAGCCAAUCAGGACGCAGAAGACAAUUGAAGCCUUGCCAGGACUCAAGAGGAGAGACAAAGUGGAUUAGGAUGAGUCUUCCUAGGUUCUGAAUAGAGAAACAUAGAAACAAGAAUAUUAUUCUUCUUCAUCAUGAGUGUUUCCAAGCCAGAAGAGCUGCUGGCCUAUGAGCUUAGUUGUGCCAUCUGCCUUCAGAUCUACUCGGACCCCGUCGCUCUCCCCUGCGGCCACAAUUACUGCCAGGCCUGUAUCUCCCAGUCCACAGGCAAAGCAGAACAAAGCGAUGCGGUCUUGCGAUGCCCGGAGUGUCGCAUGGAGUUUCCGGGUGUUCAAUGCCUCCAGAAGAACUUCAAACUGAGCAGCAUCGUCGAGGGUUACCUAGCAGCCUCAUCUAAGCUGAGCCCUCAACAGGAGAACGAGAAGACGCAGGUGAAAGAUUCCGACGAUCCGACUGGUGAUGUUUCUCACGAAGUGAAGAGUGAAGCUCAGAGCCCAAAGUUGGAGGUGAAGUGCUGUGACACCCACGGGCGUCCCCUGGAGUACUUCUGCUCCACCGAUAUGACCUUGCUGUGCUCCAAGUGUCUCAUGGAGGGUCAACACCACAACCAUGACGUUCUUACCUUCGGGGUUGCUGAGGAAGAGAUGAGACAUGCCUUGGAGAUCCGCACCAAGGUGGUUUCCGGUAAGCUGAAGAUGACGGACUUUCUCAUACAGAAGGCAAAAGAGGAGCAGGGACAGUCUGUGGCUAUCGGCGACAAACUGGUCAACAGGGCCGCCACAUUGGUGGACGCCAUGGCCGCACUGGUGGACGGGUACAGGGAGAGAUUGCACAAGCUUUUGGAGGAGGAGCAAGGUCAGCGCAGGAAGAGCUGGCAGUUGGGACUGAGUGCUCUGGAGGAGAAACAGCAGCUACUAGUGGACGCACAGCAAAAUGCAGCUGAGGUUCUUGAAGUGACGGACACAUGCGUCUUCAUAAGCAGGUUUAUGGCGAUAGAAGAGAAGAUGCAGGAGGCCGUUACAGGCACCAUCCCCUGCGAGAUCCUCACCAAAGCCCCACUCAACACCAAGCAGCUGCAGGCAGGCCUCAGGACCGAUGCCUUCCAAGCGGAACUGACCCGCCUCUGCGAGUCCCUCUGCAUCCUCCUCAAUCCCCUGGAGCUCACCUUCAAUUCAAGCACGGCCCACCCCAGCCUCCAGCUGACCAACGACCAGCGCACGGCCAAGUACAGCUCCAGCAAGCAGCCUUACUCCGAUCACCCGGAGCGUUUCACCAGCGCCCCGCAGGUCAUGUGUAGCCAGGGCUUCUCCAGCGGCGAGCACGUGUGGGUUGUGGAGGUGGGACCCAACAGCAUGUGGUCAUUGGGGGUAUGCUACAAAACCAUUCCACGACGCGGAGACCACAGCCGCCUGGGACACAACUCCGUGUCCUGGCGGCUUCAGUGGAAAAAUGGGAAAUUGACAGCCUGCAAGUCUUUGUCCAGCGUGGUUCUUCGGGAUAUGGUCAAUCAGCCGCUGAAGAUUGAGGUGGCACUGGACUAUGAAGGUGGCACCCUGAUGUUCCACAGCAUUAAAGGGCAGAGGGAGCAUCUGUACACAUUCAAGGCUGGGUUUAAAGAGGCGGUUUACCCGGCUUUCAGUAUUCACUCAAACACACCAGACUCCUGGAUUACUCUCCAAUGUGGCCUGUGAGCGUAUGAGCCCCGUGGUAUUCUGUCUUUGAACACAACACAAACUAUACACAUAGGUUUUAUAUUCCCUGCUUUUAUUGUGUCAGGGUACCUAAAACAUGUCAUAUACUCAAAAUGUAGAGCUGCAGUGAAGGUAAUAAAAUGUUAAUUUGCUAUCUUGCAUAAUAACAUCACUUACAUAUAGCAUUCUAAUCAGGCAAUAAUUUGUUUACACGUAUUACUAUUUUGAUUCAUGCAGAUGAUUACACUUGUUUUCCUUUCUAUGAAAAACAAUGGAGUUAUGUAAAUAUAGUGAAUCGUUAUUUUUUCAAUAAUAUGUAAACAUGAAUUGUGAACUUUUUUCUACACAACAAAUAAAAAAUGA